AUGAGACCAGAGACCCCAGACAGACAUUGCAAAAGAGGUGUCUUAGAACCUGUGUCACAACUCUUAGUGACCCAACUAUCUCAGCCCUGUCUGCCUACCUUCCAACUCCCGCCACCAUACCGGGCGAACUGCAAGAAAGGAGAUAAAUUAUUAGGAGACAUUUUUGAAGACAGCUGGUGGUAUGUGUUGAGUCCCACUUCCCUGUCACCAUGGAGAAGGACACACUCAGCCCUUUCACUGACCUGGCUUCUGAUUGGAGGCUGGGUGCUUUGGAUAGUGACCUCCAGGACCCCUCUGUGGGUCACAGCCUGUUCGCAUUACUCUGACCACAACUUAAGACGUCUGCAGUGGGCUGUGAGGAAAAGUAAAAGCCUGGUGUUUUCCCAUCCCCAGGUAACAGAAGCUCGGAAGCCUGACAACUCCAGCCACCUGAGUGGGCCCAGGGCAGGCAGCUGCCCAUGUGUCCCUCCAGACAGGCUGCUCGCUAAAAUGAGGGAUCUUCUUCAGUACGUCGCCUGCUUCUUUGCCUUUUUCUCUACUGGGUUCUUGGUUGUGGCCACCUGGACAGACUGUUGGAUGGUGAAUGCUGACGAUUCCCUGGAGGUGAGCACAAAAUGCCGAGGCCUCUGGUGGGAGUGUGUCACGAAUGCUUUUGAUGGGAUCCGCACCUGUGACGAAUACGAUUCUAUCCUUGCCGAACACCCCCUGAAGCUGGUGGUAACUCGAGCAUUGAUGAUUACUGCAGAUAUUCUAGCUGGAUUUGGAUUUAUCACCCUACUUCUUGGUCUUGACUGUGUGAAAUUCCUCCCUGAUGAGCCAUACAUCAAAGUCCGCAUCUGCUUUGUUGCCGGAACCAUUUUACUAAUAGCAGGUGCCCCAGGAAUCAUUGGUUCAGUGUGGUAUGCUGUUGAUGUUUAUGUGGAACGUUCUUCUCUGGUUUUGCACAAUAUAUUUCUUGGCAUCCAAUACAAAUUUGGUUGGUCUUGUUGGCUUGGAAUGGCUGGGUCUCUGGGUUGCUUUUUAGCUGGUGCUGUCCUGACAUGCUGCUUAUACCUCUUCAAAGAUGUUGGACCUGAGAGGAACUAUCCGUACUCCAUGAGGAAAGCCUAUUCAGCAGCAACAGUUUCCAUGGCCAAGGGGCUACCAUACGUAGCCCCUCGGACAGAGACUGCCAAAAUGUAUGCCGUGGACACGAGGGUGUAAGGUGCCACACGUCAGUCUGGGUGUACGUUACUGAAAUAAUCAAUAUGUUUGUGUUAAUCCAGGAACACUUAUUUAGACCUCAGUAUGUUCAACUAAAUCAAUUGCUCAGCUUAAUCAAGAAGUUUGAUUCUCCCAACCCUGCUCCUUUUCUGUUGUUCUCAUAUUCUCCCUCCUCCUUCCCAGCCCCCUCUUCCACACGCCCACACACACUUGCCCUGUAUUUUCAGAUACGGUUGCUAGGAUAUACAAAUGUUUGUUUGUGAUUUCUGGAUUGCUGUUAGAGAUUGUGACAUGGUGAUAUUCAAGUAAAAUGACACUUUAAGACUAGAAAGCAACCUUUGAAAGAGGCCAGGGAUUCUAAUCUUUGAAGGGAUUGACAGCCUCUUAGCAAAUUCCCUGGCUUUUGGUUCAUUCUUUGUGUUCUCAUCUGAGUGAGUUAUUUGAUAACUUUGAGGAAGAUGAUUCUUCAAAAUUUAAGCUAGUACCGCAAACCCUACCAUUACUCUGACCCUGUUAAAAUAGAAAAAAUAAAACAGCAGCUUCAUAUACCAGCCACUGGUGGAACGUAAAGAUAAGAAGUUUCAAACUGAGGGUUGCUGGAGUGGUGGGGGUGGGAGGGAUGGGCUGGCUGGGUGAUGGACACUGGGGAGGGUAUGUGCUAUGGUGAGCACUGUGAAUUGUGUAAGACUGAUGAAUCACAGACCUGUACCCCUGAAACAAAUAAUACAUUAUAUGUUAAUAAAAAAAUUUUAAAAAAAGAUAAGAAGUUUCCCCUUCGCAUUUGGAAUGUCAAAUGCAAAUGCUAAAUUAAUACCAGAACAGUGGUGACUUUCUUCCUCAUUAACAACAUAAGAGAUAUGUGUAUUAUUUUAUCACUACUGUAAUUUUGCCUAUAUAUUGUCAAACUAUUAGACCACAGCAACAAUAGCUAAACUAGAGAGUUAGUUAAUUCACUGAUUGGACACCCAAAAAUAUUUCAUGAAUGCACUAUAUUAGAAUUCACUGAUUCAAGUGUCCUCAUACCACUAGAUCCUCAGCACCCAGCAAAAUACAUGUGAUAAAAUUUGACAAAUAGUUGUUGAUUGGAAGAAAUAAAGGCUCACCACCCUUUACUGAAAAUAAGAUGAAUUUUUCUCAUAAAAUGUGUACUUUUUUGAAAAAAAUAGAAUUAUAUAUUUAAUUAUACACUUAAAUCAGUGA